GCUCCAUAGCCAGUUGGUCGAGCAAGGCGGCUGGCAAGGCGCUGGCGGCCGGAGGCUCAAGAGCACAUGCUCUUGACAUCCUUCACACCGCUCCUACUGGCCUUCACGCUCCCGCCACUUCGGCUGCGCCCACACCUCGCAUCGUCACGGCUAGCGCGCCUCACCAUGGCGGACGAGCGCGGCGUCGCGACCGAUUCGACAAAGCGCAGCGGCUUCCGCUUCUCCAGCGGCGGCGCCAGCAGCGACGGCCUCGGUGACAGCAAGCCCAGCAGCCCGUACCUGCCCAUCUCGGAGGGCUACCUCGACGGCGACAAGCCCGACGCAGCCUGGGCCCUCGCCGCCACCAACUUCGUCAAGCAGGGUCGCACCAUCCUCUCACAGAUCGGAGAGACGGUCGGGCUGCUGCCGGGAGACCCGCUCCGUCCCCCGGCGUGUCUCGGGCUGAGCCUCUCGAACGAGGCGGUCAAGGAGGCGGAGCGGCGGCGCGAGGCGGCGGGAGGGAGCGUCGACGCGCACCCCGUGUCGCGCACGCUCUACGACGUGGGCUGCCUGCUGCUGGACAACCUCUUCGACCAGCGCCCCAUCCAGCGCUUUUGGUUCCUCGAGAUCAUCGCCCGCAUCCCGUACUUUUCCUACGUGUCGAUGCUGCACCUGUACGAGUCGUUUGGCUGGUGGCGCGGGCCCGAACUGCGCAAGGUGCACAACGCGGAGGAGUGGAACGAGCUGCACCACCUCCUCAUCAUGGAGGCGCUCGGCGGCAACGCGCAGUGGUCGGAUCGCUUCCUCGGGUACCACGUCGCCUUCGCCUACUACUGGUUCCUUAUCGGCGUCUACCUCUGCUCGCCGCGCAUCGCCUACCAGUUCAUGGAGCUGCUCGAGGCCCACGCGGUGGACACAUACUCCACCUUCGUCAAGGAGAACCGCGAGCGGCUGUCGCAGCUGCCGCCGCCCGCCGUGGCGCGGUCCUACUACACCGAGGGCGACCUGUACUACUUCGACGACUUCCAGGUCGACCGCAAGCCGGGCAGCAGGAGGCCGGCUUGCGACUCGCUGCUGGACGUCUUCGAGAACAUCGCCAUCGACGAGGGCGAGCACGUCAAGACGAUGCGGGCGUGCCAGGACUACGCCGUGCUGGGAAAGGUGAACCAGCUCGGCGGGGCGGCGGGGCCGCGGGUGAAGCAGAGCUCAAAGAAGGAGCUUGACGGCCUCAGAGCCGAGAUUCGUGCGCUGCAGCAAACGCUGCGCAACGAGAGCGAUGCGCACUACGCGGCGCUGGAGCACGAACGGGAGGAGGCUCGCGAGCAGAUCCGGACCAUGCGCGUGCAGCUGAAGGAGGCGACCAUGGAAGCCGUGGGCGCGCCGCUCUCGGUGCUCGAGAAUCCGGAGGUUUACGAGGCGCUCGAUGACAAGCAGUACAACUUCGAGCUCCCCAUUGAGAUCGACGACUAUGACGAGCUGCGCGAGUCCAAGCCGCCAGACAAGCGCACGCUGCCGCUCGCGCUGCUCAAGCGCGCGAUGGCGGACAUACCGCUGAUAGAGCAGCUUGAGCGCGACCACCCGCGCAUGGUGCGCCUCUUCAACCGCGGCUUGCUUCCCUUUGGGAUCUGGGAGCAGCUGCUCGAGGCGGAGCGGAUGAUGGAUGAGGAGGUGCACGAGGUGCAGGCGGAGGCGGAGAAGCUGCAGAAGGGGUGGGGGCAGGGCGUGUUUGGGCAGGCCUACCAGAUGCUGCGCAAGGAGCGCGAGGAAGACGCGCGCGAGGCGCAGGAGCGCAAGGGCGCGGCGCAGCUGACGAUCGAGUUUGAGCAGGCGCGCCCUCCCCUCCCCUCCCCUCCCCUCCCCUCCCCUCCCCUCCGUGGUGGCUCAUCCGGCGUCGGUCCGUGGCGCGCGCGCGAGAGCGGCCGCGUAGUGACGCUCAUUGCCGACGGGCGCAACGUGCUGCAGCAGUCGCAGAUGCUGCUCCGGCGGGACUGCGCGGCGGAGGAGGUGGCCUUCAAGUCCGGCGUCAAGGCGACGCUGGUCUCGGGCGACGGCGACGACGCGCGCACCUUCAGCUGCCAGGUCGACGAGCUGCUGCUGGACAAGGAGCAGGAGAAGCAGUGGAAGCAGCUGGGCCAGGACGCGGCGCAGCUGCGGCUGCAGCUCAAGUUCACGCGCAAGGCGCAAGGGUUGAGGACGGGCUUCGUCCUGAGCGACGUGCGCGCGACUAUCCCUCCGCUGAGCGCCGGCGGCGCAGCGGCCUCGAGCUGAGCCGAGGCCUCAGGAGGUGGGGGCUCGAGUCGCCGCGCACGGGGGCCGCGGCGGCAGUUCACUAUAUGACAGGCCGCGGCACCGAGUUCGCGCCCCUCUCUGCGCCGCGGAGACUGCGCCGCGCGCGGAGGCUCAUCCCCGCACCAGCCACCAGCUUCUCGCACCACAUCGCUCGCCAGCGCCGCGCGCCGCCGGAACACCACUCCUGCCCCUCGCCGCCGCCCCUGAGGACGACGCCUCGGACACACACGACGCAAUCGAAAAUUAGGGACGUUUUUAUGCGACAGCUAGAGUAAGUAAAAAGAAAGUAAUGACGGAAAAAAAAAAAAAAAAA